UUCAAAACUUUUGAGUUACCGGCUACAUUUCGUUACGGUUGUUUGACGAGUACGUUGAUAAAUAUACAAAAUUUUUUUAAUUGAAACGAUUGAUUUAAAAGUAAAUAAGAUGGACUCUUUGCUUAUUACGGCCACUCUCAUUUUGGGUUUAUUGGGGCUUUUGUAUGGAUUUUUAAUAAGCAACAUUGGAGGGUGGAAGAAGAAAGGCGUGCCGGAAGCUAAAUCUUAUCCGGGCAUCGGAACAUUCCCAGCAACAUUCACCCAAAGCCGGCAUUUUAUUUACGAUGUGGAUGAAGUGUACAGGCAAUUCCGGAAUAAGAACAAAUAUGUUGGCGUUUAUUCAGGGCGUGCGCCACAGUUUUUAAUCUUAGAUCCAGAACUUGCUCACAAGAUAUAUGUAAAUGAUUUCAACAGUUUCCACGAUAAUGAAUUUGGAGAAUAUAUUGAUGAAAAAUCUGACUUGAUAUCUGCUAAUAACCCCUUUUUCCUAAGAGGUGAAGAAUGGAAGGAACGACGCACUGAAAUGAUACCAGGCAUGACCCCAAAUAGAAUUAAAAGUGCAUAUCCCGUAACUUUGGAUGUGUGCAAACGUUUGUCAGAUUAUAUAAAUCAAAAGACUAAACUUCCCCCUCAGGAUGGUUUGGAUAUGUAUGAACUUUGUCUUAAGUACACAACAGAAGUGGUGAGUGAUUGUGUUUUGGGAAUAAACGCUGCUAGUAUCUCAGACAAUCCCUCACAUUUAGUGCAACAAGUACAAGACCUCUUUAGACCAUCAACCUCCUUGAUUCUGCAACAGAUUGCAAUAUCUCUUCUGCCCUGUACAAAACACAUCUGGAAAAUGACAUUCUUCAAUAAAUCAGUAACGAAAUACUUUUUCGAUUUAAUGGAAAAUGCCAUUGAAAUGAGACGCAAGCACAGCAACAAUCGCGUAGAUUUCUUAAAUUUUUUGUUGCAUCUGCAGGAAAAGAAGAAGUUGCCCAGCAAAAUUAUGGGCGCAAAUAUUAUGACAUUCCUAACUGAUGGUUUUUUCACUACUGCUCAAACUGUUGCACAUUGUUUGCUGUAUUUGGCACGAAAUCCCAAAAUCCAAGAGAAGUUGCGAGAAGAAAUACUGAAUAAUAUUAACGAAGACGGUAUAGUGACAUUUGAAAGUCUUUCCGAGAUGCCUUAUUUAAAUGCAUGUUUUAACGAAGCCAUUCGUAUCUUGCCACCACUGCCAAUGAAUACCAAACUCUGCACCAAACCUUAUGAGUUUGUAAACAGUGACGGUCGAUCGUACAAAAUGAAAAAGGGAGAAGUUGUCGUUAUUAUUCCGUACAGCUAUCAUCACGACGAACGAUAUUUUGAAGAGCCUGAAAAGUUUAAGCCCGAACGAUUUUUGGGGGAUAAAAGCCUUAAGGAAUACAGAGAGGAAGGCAAAUAUUUGGGUUUUGGUGAUGGACCACGCAUAUGCAUGGGUAUGCGAUUUGCUUUAACUCAAGGGAAAGCGGCUAUUGUAGAGCUGGUGCGUCACUUCCAUCUCAAAGUGAAUCCUAAAACUCGUAAUGACAAUGUUUUGGAUAAGAAGGAAUUUUUGACUCGCCUGGAUGGUGGUAUAUGGUUGGAUUUUGAGGCAAUAAAGUAAUCAACACUCUAAUCUCUCGAGAAACAAAGGAUGGGCGAGCGGGAUAAAGGUUUAAAUUCAGAAUCAUUAAUAAUUCAAAUAACUGUACUGUGUGUUUAUAAUAAAGAAAAAUAGGAUGGCAGA